AGGCCAGCAGAGGGCGAUAAGUGUGCUGUUUAGUGCUACGAUAGAAGAAGAGAAAGCGGAAGCAUGGUGUUUAAAUAGUUCAAUGUGAUACUAAUGGGUACAAGUACUUAUUUAUAAUUUAUAAAAAUGAUGCAUUUCUUGCUACGAGAAUAAAAUUGUCAAGAAAUAUAAUCUCCAGAGUUGAACAUGGAUUUUUAGCAAAGGUCUGUAUAGAGUUAAUCGGGUCGUGUGCUGAAAUGAGUUUGAUGGCUGUAGUUAAGUGUAGGACUGGAAUAGUUCGGGGUUUCUGCAGCAGGGCUGCUGUUAUUCAUCGCGGAGAACUCAGUGAUCAUGUUCAGAAUCCGGAGGAAACUCAGGUGUCAGGAGGAGGAGAAGAGGAGGAGGAGGAGGAGGAGGAGAAGAGACAAAGGGCGAGGAAACCUCCGGGGCAGGUGUCCGUGCUGCUGUUCCCUGGGCAGGGGAGUCAGUUUGUGGGCAUGGGCAGAGGACUGCUCAAGUACAGCACCGUGAAGGACAUGUUCACUGUGGCUGAGAAAGUUCUGGGUUAUGAUCUUCUGUCCCUGUGCUUAAACGGACCCGAGGAGGACCUGAUGAAGACUGUACACUGCCAGCCGGCGGUGUUUGUCACCUCUUUAGCUGCUGUGGAAAGACUGAAUCAUGAAAACCCUGCUGCGAUAGAGAACUGUGUUGCUGCUGCUGGUUUCAGUGUUGGGGAGUUUGCUGCUUUGGUCUUCUCUGGUGCAAUGGAUUUUGCCGAAGCCCUUUUUGCAGUGAAAAUUAGAGCAGAAGCCAUGCAGAAAGCCUCUGAUGUAACCCCGAGUGGAAUGUUAUCUGUAAUCGGUAGACCUCAAGCCAAUUACAAACACGCCUGCCUUCAAGCUAGAGAUCACUGUCUGUCUGUGGGUAUACAGAAUCCUGUUUGCUCCAUCGCAAACUACCUGUUUCCAGAUGGGAGGGUCAUCGCUGGACAUCUUGAGGCACUGGAUUUCCUCCAGAAAAACUCAAAGCGGCUGCACUUUGCUCGGACGAGGCUGCUGCCGGUAAGCGGGGCUUUCCAUACAGAGCUGAUGGAGCUGGCCGUGCAGCCUCUGAGCGACGCGCUGCGCCAAUUAGAGGUGCGCCGGACAGAGAUUGCUGUCCACUCCAAUGUCGAUGGAAAGCGUUACAUGCAAGAAAAACAUGUGCGGCGGCAGCUGGCCAAGCAGCUGGUGUCACCGGUGAAGUGGGAGCAGACGCUGCAUGAGAUUUAUGAGCGGACUCGGGGCCAGGAGUUUCCUAACACAUACGAGGUGGGACCUGGGAGACAACUGGGGGCUACGCUACAGAAGUGCAACAUGAAGGCAUUUAAGAACUACACACACAUUGAUGUGGCACUGCCACACGAUGAUUGAGAGAUGAUGUUUAAGAAAUGGCAGCACAAUGAGAUUUUCUAAAUUACCACACUCUCUUAAAUGAGUUAUGAUAUUGCUAGGUUUCCAGAAUUCACUGAGGUUGUGUCAGUUAGCUUGCUACAUUUCUUGUAGUCUUAUCAGAUUAAUGUUAUGACGACAUUGCGUUUAGUGGUUCUGCAUUUGUGGCAAAAUUGUGUGAACUGUUUAACUUGGAUAAAAAAAUAACGGAGGAAGCCAUGGCCUAAUGGUUAGAGAAGCAGCUUUGGGACCAAAAGGUUGCUGGUUUGAUUCCCUGAACCAGCAGGAAUGGCUGAAGUGCCCUUAAGCAAGGCACCUAACCCCCAACUGCUCCCCAGGCUGCUCUAGGUAUGUUGUAUGUCACUCUGGAUAAGAGCGUCUGCUAAAUGCCUGUAAUGUCAUGUAAUGUAAGCCAAGAAUAAAUGUCAAGACAUCGUUUUA